CCUCUACAUAGGUACCUAGUAGGUAUUUAACAAAAUUCUGUUGACACAAAUCCAGCCAGAGUUGAUAUAAAUCAUUGCUCUGCCUCAAAGGUAGUAUUUGUAUCUGUAUAGUCAACUCUCUCACUUGCUGCAUUCCUCCUAUCUUCACCUGCAAAUCAUCACCCCAUCAUGUCAGAAAUCACACCAGAACUCAAAACCUACAAUGGAAACUGCCACUGCGGUGCAUUCAAAUUCACAAUCAAGGUGCCUGAAAUAACUACUGUGACUCAAUGCAACUGCAGCAUCUGUUUCAAAAAAGGAUAUCGAUGGGUGUUUCCUGCUGAAAGUUGCUUUGAGAUUACCAAGGGAGAGGGGACUUUGAAAGAGUAUCAUUUUGGACAACGUACAAUGGUUCACAGGUUUUGUCCAACAUGCGGAUCGAAUGUACAAGGUUUCCGCUACAACACUCCAGCGGGAAGGGACGUUGGUAUCAAUGUCAAUUGUCUCCAAGAUAUGGAUCAAUGGUCCCUGAAAGUUAAUGAAUAUGAUGGUCUUGGUCGUGAACCACAAUAUGUGGCACCUAAAUACACUGGUGAAUUGCCAUCGGUCAAGUUCGAAAACGAAAAGCUAUAUACCGGUGGCUGCCAUUGUGAUGCAGUAACUAUUGCAUUCAAGACUCAAGCUCCCUUAUCCAAGCGCCACGAACAUAUACAGGAGUGCAACUGUAGCAUUUGUUGUCGACUCGGCAUCACUGUCUGUUAUGCCACGAGAGACCAAGUAUCUAUUUCGGGCAUAUCGAAUUUGACAGAAUAUUCAUUUGGCCAGGGCUAUAACAUAUUUCGAUUCUGCUCAAUUUGCGGUAUUACUGUCGAUGUUGAAAAGGACAUGGCUGCAGUAUCUAGAUCUCCCAAGACUUGGGAAUCGUUGACACCAGCACAACGGGAAAGAUGGCCAACUAUUCAUGCAAUCAACUUGAGAUGCCUCGAGGGAGUUGAGUGGGACGUAAUCAACAUCUAUAAGGCGAACACUAGAGCGAUAGAUCCGCAGUAUGUUGUUCCGGAAUAAUCGACGUCUAUUCAUCAUAAAUGGAGAGGCGGGGGCAGGGGGACGCAUUCGGUUGAAUUGUGGAAGGUCGUUGGAGGGGCUUGAGGCAGGUAUCUGGAUUCAAUCUUCACACACUGUCUAACAACAUGGCCAUAUUUCCUCAUGUUAUUAUCAAUUUGUUUUCUACGCAAUAUUCAAUAUUCAUUGGGAAUACCCUUUGAUCAUCUUAUCAUUCCAAAUUCCCAUGGUUGUCGUACCAGAGAAUCAUAUCUUCA